AUGUGUGACUUUUAUUGCAGUAGGGUAACCGGAACAGCCACCGGAAGUCUUCUCCUAACUUGACACUGUGACGUUCUUGUAAGGACUGUAAAGUCUCGCAUUGCUUCAGACUUACGGAGUGACAACUUAACGAUGGCGGACCCACUUCGGCGUCUCCUCCUCCUCCUCCCUACGUCUUCCUGUGUCGCCUGCCCUUCGUCCUCCACACUUAUGCGGCGCUUCACCUGAGCACCGGAGACGGGUGGUGUUUCCCGGAUGAGCCUGGCCGCCAACUCCCGCCAACCGCUGCUAGCGCAUUCAAGGGCAUUUUUGUUGGUGUUUUAAGCUAACUUUAGCCCGUUGGGCUGCGGUCGCUUCCGCCCGUACUGAAGAUGGGGCGCGUGUGAGAGUGUGAGCGACAUGUCUCGCACACACACUGGAUGGUGAGGACGACGGCGGCAAUGAUGUUUGUGGACGCGUCAUUUGUUGGCGUUGAAUCCGGGCUGAGGGUCCAAACACUCGGCGUCGUCAAGGAAAUCGCUUGCUGACUUCUAUUUCACCAGGGGUGCGCUCGUUUCACUCAUGGCCUUCUUUGUGGACCUCGCCGGGUGGGCGGUGGCUCCUGCUUGACCCCUGAGAACCCUCCUCGUCCCCGCCUAGACAAAGUGGACCAACUUUUGACUUUUUGUUUUUAUCCUGCAAAGGCUGACAGUGGGAAGUGCAUCGCAGGACCCAUCAAUGUGGACCUCAGCGACUGAUUUGACGAGUCGCUUGUAGGAGCCUCCGGAGUUUUCUCCUGUCCUUCCCUUUCCCUUCCCUCCUCCCCUAACCCAACCCACCCUUCCCUUCAUCCUUUUCCUUUAUCAGUCCUUUUCCACCCCCCCAUCAUCAUGCUUAUCAAGGAGUACCGCAUCCCCAUGCCCAUGAGUGUGGAGGAGUACCGCAUUGCCCAGCUCUACAUGAUCCAGAAAAAGAGCAGGGAAGAGAGCUCUGGCGAAGGCAGCGGCGUGGAAAUCUUAAAAAACAAACCGUACACGGACGGACCGGGUGGAAGCGGCCAGUACACCCACAAGGUUUACCACAUUGGCAUGCACAUUCCGAGCUGGUUCCGCUCCAUCUUGCCCAAAGCGGCGCUGAGGGUUGAGGAGGAGUCGUGGAACGCCUACCCUUACACCCGCACCCGGUACACCUGUCCCUUUGUGGAAAAGUUCUCCAUCGACAUUGAGACGUACUACCUGGCCGACACCGGCACCCAAGCAGAUGUUUUCAACAUGUCUGCUGCAGACAAGAGGCAGAGGACAAUUGACCCCAUCGACAUAGUGAUCGAAUCCAUCCCACCACAUGAGUAUAAAGCCGAAGAGGACCCACGGCUCUACAAGUCCGCCAAGACUCAGAGGGGUCCUCUUAAGGAUGACUGGAUAGAAGACUACAACGACAAUCCAGGAAAGACCCCCAUCAUGUGUGCCUACAAGCUGUGCAAGGUGGAGUUCCGCUAUUGGGGCAUGCAGUCCAAGAUUGAACGCUUUAUCCAUGACGUUGGCUUAAGAAAGAUAAUGGUGCGGGCCCACCGGCAGGCCUGGUGUUGGCAGGACGAGUGGUAUGGCCUGACCAUGGAGGACAUCAGGCAACUGGAGCUGGAGACCCAGCGCACCCUGGCUGAGAAGAUGGCUCAGUUUGGCCAGGUGGAGGAGGCCACCGAGGCCAACGGAGGAAAGGCGUCGCCGGUCCAAAAACAGGAGGCGCAGGAUACCAACAGCUGCAUGGAGGCGGAGGAGGUGGUCGUCAGCAAUGUGACAGACACGCUGCAGCCCCGAGGAGUGCUCACCAAGCAAUGGUCCACCUCGUCCAGAUCCUCCCGCUCCUCCAAAAGAGGAGUGAGCCCAUCGCGCCACAGCCUCUCGGAGUGGCGGAUGCAGAGCAUAGCACGAGACUCGGACGACGGCUCCGAAGAGGAGUUCUUCGAUGCCCAUGAGGACUUCUCAGAUGGCGAGGAGGUGUUACCCAAACCCAUAACCAAGUGGAGCUCCAAUGACCUCAUGGACAAGAUCGAGACCUCAGACGUGGAAGAAACUCCCGGUGAGAUGACCGUGGACUACGACUCGGCGACCAGCAGACAAGGGCUAGACGAGGAGAGCUCGGCCCAGCAGUGCCUGCAGCCCUCCAAGAUCCACGUGCUCAUCUUGGUCCUCCACGGAGGCAACAUCCUCGACACGGGCGGCGGGGAGCAGAGCGGCAAGCAGGCCGACGUCACCACCAUCAGCACGGCUUUCGAGACAGUCAUGCGCGUUCACUACCCUGCCGCCAUGGGACGCCUCGCCAUCCGCCUGGUCCCGUGCCCCGCCAUUUGCGCCGAGGCCUUCUCCCUGGUGUCCAACCUGAACCCAUACAGUUACGACGAAGGCUGUCUGUCCAGCAGCCAAGAUCACAUCCCGCUGGCUGCGUUGCCCCUCUUGGCCACCUCGGCGCCACAAUAUCAGGAGGCCGUGGCCACCGUCAUCGUCAGAGCCAACCAGGUGUUUGCCGACUUCAUCAAGUCUCUGGAUGGGGCUACUUUCUCUGGCCAGGUCUGCCUCAUCGGGGACUGUGUAGGAGGAAUAUUAGGGUUCGAUGCUCUGUGCAGCAGCAACCAGACUGUCAAUGAAAGCCAGAACAGCAGCCGGAGGGGCAGUCUCGUUAGUGUGCAGGACCAGGACCUUCUCUCUCCAGGCACCAUCAUCAAUUGCGGGCAGGGUUCCGCCUCACCGACCCUGGAGGGCAGCCGGCACCUGAGUCGCAGCAACAUCGACAUCCCUCGUACGAUGCCGAGUGAGGACAACAAGAGACAACUGCCACGCAAGAGAAGCGACUCUUCUACCUACGAGCUGGACACCAUAAAGCAACAUCAGGCCUUCCUGUCCAGCUUGCACUCGAGCGUCCUGCGGGGUGAUGCGACCCCGCGCAGGUCCAGCAGCAGCACCAUGCUGGACGGGGCCAUGCUGGGGAAGUUUGAAUUUGAAGUGUCUGACUUUUUUCUCUUCGGCUCUCCGCUGGGCUUGGUGCUGGCUCUAAGGAAGACUGUCAUCCCCAUGCUGGACGUGGCCCAGCUGCGUCCCGCCUGUCAGCAGGUCUACAACCUAUUCCACCCUGCCGAUCCUUCCGCCUCCCGCCUGGAGCCUCUUCUGGAGAGGAAGUUCCACCUGUUGCCUCCCUUCAACGUGCCCAAAUACCAACGCUUUCCCCUGGGGGAUGGAAAUUCGGCUCUGCUGGUGGAGACAGUCCAGAGCAACGCUCAGCUGCUACUUGAUAGCGGGCCUCCUCUGUCGCUUCGCUGUCAGGAGACCAUCAGUGAGACGUGCAUCCCUGUGCCGGUGCUAAACUGGCAGGAGGGCGGCCUCAAAGUCACACCCACCACUCUGGAGUCGGAUGUUGUUCAGUCUCAUGGUGGUGUCUUCAUGGAAAGUUCGUACCCCUCAUCCCCUGUAACGGUCCCCUUCUCACGGGGCCUGCGGCGAGCCAGUGAGGUCAGCAUUGCCAGCCAGGUGUCAGGAAUGGCAGACAGUUACACUGCCAGCAACAUAGCCAACACCAAAAAACACACUUUUAACCGAACCAAAAGCUCCGGCCUUUUGUCCCAACUGGCCCUGUCGUCUCAAAACAAAAUAUUCCUGAAAAGCCCCCCCAAGUCCCGUAAGAAACAAAAGGCCAAGCAGGCCUCGCAGGAAUCGUCCGAGGUGGAUCUGCCGGCCGAGCGAGACUGGACCGAGACCGAUACAUGUGGCAGUCUAAGUCCCUGCGGCUACACCUGCUUGUCACCCGGCCUGGACACUGCGAUAUGUGAUCUGGUAUCGCUGGACUCCCAGGCGGAGGUGGAUCAAGUUGCAGCACGUUGGUGGGGCACCAAGCGGAUGGACUUUGCCCUCUACUGCCCAGAUGCUCUGACCGCCUUCCCCACCGUGGCGUUGCCUCACCUCUUCCACGCGUCCUACUGGGAGUCCACCGACGUGGUGUCCUUUCUCUUGAGACAGGUCAUGAGACACGACAACUCCAGCAUCCUGGAACUUGAUGGGAAAGAAGUGUCUGAGUUUACGCCCUCCAAACCUCGGGAGAAGUGGCUCCGCAAGAGGACUCACGUAAAGAUUAGGAACGUGACGGCCAACCACCGUGUGAACGACGCCGUGUUCACAGAAGACAAGCCGCAGACGGUGACCGGCCGCUUCAUGUACGGCCCACUGGACAUGGUCACCCUGACCGGAGAGAAGGUUGACCUGUACAUCAUGACUCAGCCGCCGUCGGGAGAAUGGGUGUGCUUCAACACGGAGCUGACCAACAGCAGCGGCCGCGUGACUUUUAACCUUCCCGAGGACAAACGUCUGGGCGUGGGCGUCUACCCCGUCAAAAUGGUCGUCAGGGGCGACCAUACGUGUGCAGACAGCUACCUGACGGUGAUCCCUCGCGGCACAGAGUUUGUGGUGUUCAGCAUCGACGGCUCGUUUGCCGCCAGCGUCUCCAUCAUGGGCAGCGACCCCAAAGUGCGGGCGGGGGCUGUUGACGUCGUCAGGCACUGGCAGGAUUUGGGCUACCUGAUCAUCUACGUGACGGGCAGACCCGACAUGCAGAAGCAACGAGUAGUGGCUUGGUUGUCGCAGCACAACUUCCCUCACGGCAUCGUGUCCUUCUGCGACGGCCUGGUCCACGACCCGCUCAGACACAAAGCCAACUUCCUUAAGUCCUUGACAGAGGAUCACAUGAAGAUAUUUGCUGGCUACGGCUCAACCAAAGACAUCUCGGUCUACACGGCCAUCGGUCUGCCUGCAUCACACAUCUACAUCGUUGGAAGACCCUCCAAAAAGAUGCAACACCAGUGUCAGUUCAUCACCGAAGGUUACGCCUCCCACCUGUCCCAGCUGGAGUACAACCAGCGCUCGCGGCCGGCCAAGCCCAGCAGCACGCGCAUGGUCCUGCGCAAGGGCAGCUUCGGCGUGGGCGCCAACAGCGACUUCCUCAGGAAGCGCAACCUGCUGCGCACCAUCUCCUCCCAGCCGGCCCCCAGCUCGCCCACCGCGGGGAGCGUCCACGUCCACGUCCGCCCCGAGCGCACGCAGAGCCAGUCGGACAGCGAGCGUCUGGAGCGCGAGCGCCUGGAGCGCGCCCACGGCCAGGCGGCCACGCAGCGCAGCAUGAGCAUCACGGCCAGCUGCUGGGGGCGCAGCAGCACCAAGAUGGAGUCCGGGAUACUCAGCCCCAAAUGAGGCGGGAGCGACGCCGCUGACGACGGAACAGGUGCUCUUUUCAGGUUGUUAGCUCAGUGCGCAUCGCCACGCACAAUCAGAUGUUUCCUCAGCUUCUCUCGGACCAAACCUCCGCCAAAAUAGCGCCACGCUGUAUAAUCCUGCGCUCCCCUUCUGAGCUUCGACAGCUGCAAGCACAACUUUUUAAUGCUGGAUGGGUAAAAACUUUUUUCCACGCAAAAAAACAAUUUAACUGCAGCCCCGCCCCCCCCACAGGAGAACCAUGUGACUCCUCCCAUGUGAAUGUGCCAAAGUACUCAAGCACGGAGCGGAAUAUCUGACAACAUGUACAGUAUGUUUGUACAUUAGAAAUAUUUAGAAUAUAAAUUAUGAAUAACGGUGCAGAACUGCUGUCUGCCGGUCCACUCCAGACCCACGGUAAGUGUCUUCUUUCUAUUCAGGACGACACCUCCUCCUUAUUUAAGGACUUUGUUUCAAUGUGGAGGAAAAAUAUGAUUUUAUUCAAUGACUUUGGGAUUCAUUUUAUUCCUAUUACAGUACUGACCCGAAUAUAAGACCGCCCUAUUCUCUUUUACGGAAAUCCACAAUAACUGGUCCAGACCCAGUUUUUUUUCAAUACUAAAUAUUAGGGGUGUAACGGUACGUGUAUUUGUAUUGAACCGUUUCGGUACGGGGGUGUACACUGCAAAAAGUCAGCGUUCAAAAACAAGAGAAAAAAAAUACAAAAAUGAGGGGUAUUUUAUUUGAACUAAGCAAAAUUAUCUGCCAAUAGAACAAGAAAAUUUGGCUUGUCAAGACUUUCCAAAACAAGUCAAAUUAGCUAACCUCAAUGAACCCAAAAAUACCUUAAAAUAAGUAUAUUCUCACUAAUAACAAGUGCACUUUUCUUGGUAGAAAAAAAAAAGAUCUUUUUGCUCAAUAUGUUGAAAAAUAUUCUUAAAUGAAG